GGAAUGGCUAGGUUAAGCUUUCCUCCCUUAGAAAAAUUCCCUGCGCAUAGACUUGAAGCCUACGGAAGUUUUACGCUACAUAUUCUUCAUCUUUGUGUAAACUUUCUGGCUAUCAAUGGAAAGCUUCUUCUACUCCUAUUAAUCAGAUCUUAUACAUUAUAGAGUAGAAAUUGGGACCAACAAUUGGUAUCAGAGCAGAGCGUGUGACCGAUUGAAGUUUCUGCCAUUGAUCGAUCGAUUGAAGUUGAAGAACAGGAUUUGCGCGAUUUUUCAUUGGCACUUUUCUGCCUUGUGCGCGAUCUUGUAUAUUAUUUUUGUUGUUAUUUUUGCAGGAAAAUUUUGCAGGAAAGUGUUUCUAGGCUUCCAAGGUUUCAUUCUGUGAAAAAUCGCAUCUAGAAAUUUGGCGUACAGGUUAAGCUGAAGUUGAGCGAUUCUGCACAUUCGCGCAGAAUUACUCUUUUGCGCGAUUACUCUUUUGCGCUAUCUAGGUACUCUGUUGCGCGAAACACGAGUACUGCGCGAUUGCAGGUGCGCGAUUUUUCUACGAAAAACUAGUUGCGUGAUUUAGGUGAACAAGGCCUCCACGAAAUACUCUGUUGCGCGAUCAUUCUCGCGCGAUCUGAGCUCACUUGCGCGAUUCCCUUUUUCUUGCGCGAAAGUUUUGCAGGUGCGCAAUCCAUCCCGGGUGCGCGAUUGUCCGAGCUAGAACAGCGAUUUGCGCGAAGUUUCAGUAGUUGCGCGAAACUGUCACUUGCGCAAAAGUUACAGUUGACGCGAUUUACUUGCGCGAUCCAUCCUUGUGCGUGCAUAAUUUAUUUGCGCGAUCUCAGUACAAACGAGUUGCGCGAUAGAGCACACAUCGCGCAUCUUUAAAAAAAAAGGAGGAAAGGGCAAAACCGUCUUUUGAGACCCGACAACUUUUGCGGCUAUCGUGUCCGCAGGUCGCCCGCGCAGGGGGGGUGCGAAUUUUCGCUUUUGAACUACAAGCCGAAAUCCCAUGUGCGCGAGAGCUCCUCUCUUUUCCUUCACCAUUUAAUCUUAAGGAAGGAGUGCUCCAUAUAAAUAGGCUCAAAAGUUUCCAAAGAGUUUAGGUGUGGGAUAAGUUAACUAGCUUACUUUUCCCUUCACUUGGACAAGUACAUUUUUUUCCAAAACUCACUUCAAGUGCAAAUUUUUAGCCCAUCUUUAAACCUUGAGGUCAAACUCCAAAACCAAAGCUCAACACUUUUUCAAAGCUUCAAAUAGUCAACCUUGAGAUUAAAAAAAAAAAAAAAAAAAAUUAAGUAAAAAAAAAAAAAAAUCUCAAGGUCAAGACUAAAUUUUCUCAAAAUCAAAGCUACAUUUCAAGAGUCACAAACUUGCAGAAAUCUUCAAUCAACCACACGUCAACGAUCAAUUUUCAACAGUCAAUCAUGACCACUCCCAAUAUUGCUGAUAAAGUGACUGUCCUCUCUGCUCAAAACAAGAAUGCAGACAACACUGUAAGUACUCCUAACCCUUUUAAUUCUGCUUGCUCUAAAACAGAUAUGCAUGAUAAAUUUAAGGAGCUAGAGGAGAAAUACAAUAGAUUGUAUGAUGUCUAUAAUCAACUGCGUGAAAAACAGACAUGCUCAAACAUCAAAAUAAUCAAUUCAGAGAAAACUAUCACUAAGCUCACAACAGAGAACAAAAGACUUAGUGCUAGCGAAAAAGAACUGACAGAGAAACUUAGAACUACUGAGAAAGAGAGAAUUAGACUUUUUGGUGUAAACAAUUUACUUAUGGAAAGAAGGGGUGCUCUUUACACUAAAAUCAAAGAACUUGAAGACCUGUUAGCCAAGAGAGACCAAACAGACCAGACUAUUUUCCUUAACCAGCCUAAGGACACUCGUUUCUAUAACGCCAGGGAGGGCCUGGGUUUGACCAAUCCUCAGAACCUGAAAAAGGUCAACUGUAGACAACUCUAUGAUGUUAGAUACAUGAAAAUAGGAUUGACCAAACUCAUGGCCUUCACUGGAGCUGAAGAAACGAAUGCCCUCGAGGAUGAAAAGAGAAAGACAAAGGCCGGUGUCGAGGUUCCUUUUGACUACACAGAGUUAAACAAGAGUUACAAAACAAAAGAGCCCCCUUUGACUCCUGCUGAUGAAGUCAUAACUUAUGCUCCUGAAAAGGAAACUGUGCAAGAUGGAGAGGAACCUUCAACUUUAGAACCUGUAGUCAAACCAGCAUACAUUCCACCUCUUGUGAGAAAGUUUGCUGAGUUAAAAGAAUCUUUCGAUAAAGAAAAACAGGUUUUUGAACUUGAAAGAGAUCAACUUUUGAAAGAAAUAUCCAUGUUAAAAACAUCCUCUCAGUCCAUCACAGUUUCUCAACCCUCUUCCCACUCUUCCUCAGAAAAAUGCUUAGAAAAUUCAACCAACAGUUCUAAAACUUCUUCCACUCACUCUGAGCCUCCUUCUCAGACCGGAAACCAUGUGAAGAAGAGAGUUGAGAAGAGAGGAGAGUGGAUCGAGGAGAAGUUAAGAAGGAGGAAGAAAGAAGAAGAAUCUCAUCUAGGAAAUAAAAAUCAACGUUCGAGUGCUUUGUUUUACGUAAAGAAUAAGUCUAGAUCUGGCAUUAGUGAGCUUUCAACUAGUAGUACUAGAAGUGGUGUUCCUAGGAAUUUCCUAAGCGAACCCUCGACUAGUAAUGCUAAAAGAGUGGCUCCUAAGUGCUCUAGUUCUAAGACAUCUUUUAAGAAUUGCUACUCUAGUACUUGUUCUCUGAAUUGUGUUAAGUCAAUGAAAGUUUGUUGUUUUGAUUCUGAUUCCUUCUCCAACAAAGAUAAGAAUGUGAAUGUUCAGAGAUGCCUAAAGAAAUCAACUUCUGUGAAGGUGAACGUUGAGGGAGAGUACAAAUUACCUUGUUUAAAGUAUCCCCUCAAGGUUCACUCACUUAAACAUUUGAAAAGACUCUCUCAAGAAACAAUUUUAAAAGAUCAUCUGUCUGAACAUUCACUCACUGUUAAUGAAAUCUCCCUUGCUCCAAAGUUCAAACAACAAUGGGUUCCUAAGGCCGAAGCUGAAAAAUUAAGAACGCCAAACACUUCUCAAUCAGCUGGCCUAGGUUCCCAAAUAAAACAAAAGCUGAAACAUUUCUUUGACAUUGAUAAGGAAGGACCCACUUGGAGGUGGGUACCGAAAUGUACUUAAUCUGUUUUGCAGGUCCGCCAUGUGUGGUACCUGAUCCGAUUGCUCCACACACAUGGCGGGUGAGAAGAGCUGUGAGCAAUCAAUUGGUGCACAUUAUUAAAGGGAGUAUUGGCAUGUAUACUACCCCACUGAGCAGAAAAUCAACAAAUGCACACCUCAACACCAACACAUGCCAAGAAGAAACAACAAGUGCUUAUUCUGAGGGGGAGUGUUUCUUUUUCACUCCUCCUGGUGCCUUACAAGAAGAAAGCACAUAUCAAGGGGGAGUUUUCUACUUUACUCCCCGGGUGACAAACAACACCUUGCACAUUCUGAGGGGGGGUUACAAUUUUCUCCUCCUGACGCAAAUCAAGGAUCAAUGCAAGACAACCCAAGGACGUUAUGGCAUAACCAGUAGCAAUCAAGAAAACUCAAGGAUGUCGUGGUGGUUGUACUCAAAGGCCGCAAAAUUUAGAAGGCCCUAAACAAAAAUUGUCGAAGCACUAGGGGUGUAUCUCCAACAAUUCUGGGGAACACUCAACUAAGCAAGAGAUGCCUCUGGUGCGAGAAUUCUGAAACUCACCAUUGACAACACCAAGGUGACCAACACCAAAGAGUUCAUGCAUCAAAUGCUCCAAACACUAGAAUUGAUAAUGGGACGGAGUUCAAAACAAGGAGCUGACUGGGUUCUACGAAGCUCAGGGAUUUACACAACAGUUCUCUGUAGCUGAAACACCAAAGCAAAAGGGUGUCGUAGAACGAUCGAACAGGAUCUUGGUGGAAGCAGCCAGAACCAUGCUAAUACAGUCAGAAGCUUCCUCAUUCAUGUGGGUUGAAGCUAUCAACACGGCUUGCUUCACACAGAACUGGACAGUGAUUCACAAACGAUCCGACAAGAUGCCCUAUGAGAUUGUGUUCAAGGGUCUCCCUAACAUUGCCUUCAUCCGCGUCUUCGGCUACAAAGGCUAACAAGCACAACAAGGACAAUAAGGGUGAUGAGGAUAAUUAUGAUGUGGACGACAACGCCAAUCAAGCUAGGGAGCCUCCGGUACAGAAAUAAUGACUCAUUAUCAGGCUCCCUACGGCAGCUGAAAGAUAGGCGUCUUACUCACAGACAAACAAAGAAGUAAUUAUCAUAAGUGAGACGCGCUCCAAGCAUCAAAAUGACAUCUUUCCUCAUCAUUCAUUCCUAUUGAGAGGAUACAAACCGCAAGCAGCCUGGCGGUAGAAAUAACCUUUUUUGACGAGUGUACAGACCUAGAUGUAGUAAACCGGACUAACCCCAUAGGAGCAGAAGCUGACUUUCUCAGUUUCCGAGUAGAAGACGCAGCACCGAGUCCAACUGCGCAUUCACAAGCCACACCUAGCCACUCUGCUGCCUCCCAACAGGUAGUAGUUUCAACAAUAGGGGAUCUUAUACCCACCUCUCUGCCCCCUUACGGAGCAGUUAAGGAUGUACAUAGUGGUCUAUCGCCCCGGGCCACUACCCUUUCUUCUAUCACAUUGAGUCUAGGUGUCACACUCCCUACAUUUUCAAAUUUGCUAGGACACAUACACUUUUCACACCACCUCACUCUACAGGUCCACUUUCCCUGUCAACAACGAUCGGAGAUACUUCGAUGAUGAUCGGAAGUCCUGCCGCUCAACAGAUAACUCAAUUAUUAUCUACAGGCCACACACCAGUAAACUUUACUGAUGUUGUGACAACGGUUACUACCCCUGUAACCGGACAACCCUAACCCUACCGACCUUGCAGUCAUUCAGCAGCGUUGCUUGGAUUCCACCAUUAAACCAUGGGUGCACGAAGCAAUAACCGCUCGGGCAUAGGAAUUCAGGACCACCCCGGCGCUUCUUAAUGACAUCAUCAAACCCUAACUCAACCCUCAUCCUCCCACUCCCAACAGCAACUCACCCCAAUCCUUAUCCUAUCCCAUUUACAAUGCCAUUCGAUGACCUAGCAUCCAUUAUGCUAGCGAGAAUUCUUGAAAACAAAGAAGCUCCACUCACUGACAAACAAAGAGCUCUUUUUGUAGUACCUGAAACCGAAAGCAC